AUGUUCUUGCAGCUGACAUUGGCCGUGCUAGUGCAAGGUGUGGCGGGUCAGUUAUGCCCUUUGGUACCGAUCAUGCCGGAUACCUUCAUCUUCCGACGGGAGAUGUUCACAUUCUGGGCCACAGAGACAAUCUACAAUGGUGAGACCUUCUUCUCCAAAGUUGAGCAGAGGCCUUCCAUUUUGGGCAAGAGCAGUUCCGUUCUGGUGAUGCCGGGCCUCAACGUAGUGGGAAGCUCCUCCAAGUCCUUUUGCCUUCCGUGGAACUAUUGCAACUUCGAAGUCUAUGACUGCAAUGGUCAAGUGGUCUACAGAGGAGAGGUUGGACAAGUUGCGAGUGUGUCGGAUCCAACAUCUCAGGUGACAGUUUACAAGCUGCUUGACAAGGAGGGGAACUACUUGGGCCGUUCCACUGCGCUUCCCAGCCUGUUGCCACGUUUGGGAGGCAUUAACUCAAAGAGUCAGAGUGCGGUGAGUAUUCGUGACACUGGAGAUGCCAUCGUCUUGGAUUUGAGACGGGAUCCCAAUCAACUUUGGGUCACCCAUUGGACAGGUACUUUGAAUGCCCCUGGCAUGUCGGGCUUCGGCAAUGCCGAGAAAGUCCCGCUGGCAGAUCCUGUGCUUGUUACCUUUCUUAUCAGCAACAACUUUCGAAACAAAGGUCUCUUCAGCCCUUUGGUGAACUUCUUUCUGCUUGCAAUGGCAGCAGGGCUGGUGGUCUUUUUGUACUGGAGAUAUCAACACAGCAAGGAGGAAGAGGAAGAAGAAUAUGACAUCCGGAACUUGCAGAUCAUGGAUAGUCUGCCAUUAUUGGAAGUGGGUUGCCUGCCAGAUUUGCUGGCUGCUCGCCGUAGACAGGGUCCUACAGGCUUCGAGCAGUCCGAAAACUGCAGUCAGAGCUGCAGUCAAACCUUGCAGUUGCGUGGAGAAGCUUGGGCGCACAUGAGUAUUGCUUUGAACAAGAAGCGAGUGCCCCAAGGAGCCUUCAAGGAACGAGAACUAGCCAAAGCUGAGAACGUUCGCUUAAGAGAGCGCGUGAAGAAGCUGAACAUGAUCCAGAACAACUUGCUGAAACAGGUCUCUAUGCUCAUGACAGAGCGAGAGGAGUUGAAGCGCCUCGAGCGUCGAAAAUCACCCCGAGGCAAGACUUCAUCCUUGACCUCUUCAUGCACAUCUCUUGGUGCUCCAGGAAUGAGUUUUGAUCGCAUGGCUGAACUGAACGCAUUCGUAAAAAAUGGAGCGCACAAGAAUGGCGAUGCCAAAGUGCAGGAACCAUUUGAAGAGAUGCUGCGAGAGGUUGAAGCAGGGGCUCAGGACAGUCCUGAACGUUCAGUGUCAGAAAGCGUGCGAAGUCGGAACAGCCAGGAAUUGCUUCGGCAGAUCCGGCAACAGACUUGUUGCUAUGCGGCCACCCGUGCUGCUGUAUCUCCCCGGCCGGUUUCACCUGGACUACGCCGAAGAGAUCCAGGCAUCCCGAGCUAUGCGGAUGUUAUGGCUUUGCCACUUAAGGAGAGUGGAUGUGGCUCCCCAGAAAAGCAGGACGACUUGAUGCAGUCCUUCGUCCAACACUUUGCAGCCUACACGCGUCAAAAUGAUGCUAGCCCGGCCUCUUGA